AUGGCCGCGUCCACCCUGUCCGUCAGCUCCAGCGACCUGAGCUAUGGCAGCCGCGUCUGCCUGCCCGGGGCCUCGGACUCCUGCCCCGACUCUUCCUGGCAGGUGGACGACUGCCCAGAGAGCUGCUGCGAGCCCCCGUGCUGCGCCCCGGCCCCCUGCCUGACCCUCCUGUGCGGCCCCUCUUCCCCCUGCCAGGGAGACUGCUGCACCCCUGCGUGCUGCAAGCCCGUCUGCUGCACCCCUGUCUGCUGCAAACCCAUCUGCUGCACCCCUGUGUGCUGCAAGCCCGUGUGCUGCACCCCUGUCUGCUGUGAGGACUCCCCCUGCACAACCUCUUCAUGCUGCCAGCCGUCCUGCUGCACCUCCUCCCCCUGCCAGGGAGACUGCUGCACCCCUGCAUGCUGCAAGCCCGUCUGCUGCACCCCUGUCUGCUGCAAGCCCGUGUGCUGCACCCCUGUCUGCUGUGAGGACUCCCCCUGCACAACCUCUUCAUGCUGCCAGCCGUCCUGCUGCACCUCCUCCCCCUGCCAGGAAGACUGCUGCACCCCUGUGUGCUGCAAGCCCGUGUGCUGCACCCCUGUCUGCUGCAAGCCUGUCUGCUGCACCCCUGUCUGCUGCAAACCCGUCUGCUGCACCCCUGUGUGCUGCGAGGACUCCCCUUGCUCAGCCCCUUCCUGCUGCCAGCCCAGCCCCUGCUGCAGACCCUCCUCCUGCGUGUCCCUGCUCUGCCGUCCCGUGUGCAGGCCCACCUGCUGCUCCCCUGUCUGCUGCAAGCCCGUCUGUUGCACCCCUGUCUGCUGCAAGCCUGUCUGCUGCACCCCUGUCUGCUGCAAGCCUGUCUGCUGCACCCCUCCCAGCCCCUGCUGCAGACCCUCCUCCAGUGUAUCCCUGCUCUGCCGCCCCGUGUGCCCCCGCCCUGCCUGCUGCGUCCCCGCCUCAGGCCAGUCCUGCUGCUGA